UCAGCAGUGGCUUCCCUGGGUGGGCGGCUGUAGGGCACUCGGGAGCAACGCGCGCCACGAGCACCAGCAGCAGCAGCAGCAGCAGCAGCUAUGGGCAAGGACGACCCGGAGACCGCAGCAUUGAAGCAGGAGCUGGAGGAGCUGAUCAACAAGUGUAAGGAUGACCAGAAGAAGAUGCAGGACACGAGCAUCCAGGACGUGUGCGGCAGCGCGACCGAUGCGCCCAAGGUGAAGAUGAGCACGAAGAAGAUGCUCAAGGGCCAUAUCAACAAGGUGAACUCGGUGCACUUCAGCGGCGAUAGCCGGCACUGCGUGACGGGUAGCCUCGACGGCAAGCUCAUCAUCUGGGACACGUGGACGGGCAACAAGGUGCAGGUGAUUCCGCUGCGCUCCGCCUGGGUAAUGUCCGUGGCGUUCGCGCAGUCGGGCAACUUCGUGGCCUGCGGCGGCAUGGACAACAUGUGCACGGUUUACGACGUGAACAACCGCGACGCCACGGGCUCGGCCAAGAUCACGCGCGAGCUGCUCGGCUACGAGGGCUUCCUGUCCUCCUGCCGUUUCCUCGACGACGGCCACAUCAUCACCGGCUCCGGCGACAUGAAGAUCUGCAUCUGGGACCUCGAGGCCUACAAGAAGACCACCGACUUCGCCGCGCACGCCGGCGACGUGGUCAGCAUCAGCCUGGGCCCCGACGGCAACACCUACCUCACCGGCUCGGUCGACCGCACCUGCAAGCUCUGGGACCUGCGCGAGGAGGUCGCGCAUCAGACCUUUUUCGGCCACGAGGCUGACGUCAACUCCGUCUGUUUUCAUCCCAACGGCAACAACUUCGUCACUGCUUCCGAAGAUAAGACGGCUCGGCUCUGGGACCUGCGCGCCGACCAGCAGAUCGCCUCCUUCAAGCCGCCCAACUCCAACCCCGGCUUCACCUCCACGCAGCUCUCUCUCAGCGGUAGGUUCAUCUUCUGUGCCACCGACGAGAAGGACAUCCACAUCUGGGACACCCUCAAGCAGCAGUACAACGGCUCGCUGUCUGGCCACGACAACCGAGUCACCUGCAUCUCCAUGGCCGGCAACGGCAUGGCCUUGGUCAGCACCUCUUGGGAUCAGAACUGCCGAGUCUGGGUCUGAGCUUGCGAUUUUCAGCCACUUUGCCGUCUUGCUUCGUUUACCACUUUCACACUCCUUACUUGUUUUAAUAUUCUAAUGUUGUUGUUCACUUAUUUCUCGAGCAAACAAUUAUCUGUAAAUUUUACUUUUCUUGAGCUGUUCGAUUCUCAUUGAUCUGUCUGUACUCGAUCAGUGCUUGUUUUUGAGGCUUUGAAGAAAUAAAUGUUUUAUCUUUUAUUAA